CAUACAUGUAAAUGAAGCUACACGAAUAGCCCGGAACAGUCACCGGAAACAUACAAGAGCGACGUCAUCACAAAUUUCAGGCAUUUCUGACCCCUUUCUAUUUUAAUGCAUUGUUUGUUCUCAUGAUAAACACUCCGCUCCAUCACAGUCAUCAGGCCCAACAAUGUACUUUAAAGAGGACCUCUUCCCUCUCCUGACAUGUUUUAUUAACUACUUGAAUUCUCCAUGCAAUAAUAAUUCUGGGGCAUCUACUCUUAUGGCGGCCAGAGAUUUGGGAUUGCCGACAAAAUAUGUACCAAGACCGUGUGCGAAAGGAUCGUUCAUGGGAAGAGAUCGCGCAGGAGCUCUUGCCUGAUGAAUGGGCAAGAUACAGAUCUGAGAAACGUAUGGGACUGGUAAAAAGACUAAAAACAAAAUGGAAUUCAUGCCGUGAUCAAUUUCGCCGUGAGUUCAAUGCCAACAAGGUCACAGUGGCGAUGGGAAACCGAAAAAAAAAACCUUAUCUCUACACCAAGGAUUUACAGUUUCUUUUACCUAUAAUGGACCUGCGACCUACUGUGGACAAUCUGGAGGCUGAAGGUGACUCUUCAACUGACAUAGAAAAUCCAACACCACCACCAUCAUGUUCCACAGCCGCUGUAGAAAUGGAGGAUGUUCCAAGACCAGAUGAGGAAAGUCACCAGGAAACUUCGCCUCAACAGCCUACUCAGCGUCCAAGCAAAAGAAGGAGGGGAGGCAGUAAUCCACAAGCUCCCUCUGAGAUGGCCAGAAGAGACUAUAUUGACUCUCAAGUUUUUGAGUACUUGAACAAAAACAAAUCUGAGACACCAGAGGAAAAAAAGUUUUCUGCAACACCAUCCGUGACAUCCACGUUCUACCAAAUCUGGAAUCCAUUUUUAUUUCAUCAUACCUUCACCUACUAAUCCAUUUAGUUGCUCGGCUGCGGACGACUACACCUUGGGUUCCAGGAUAUCCAAGUAGGAGCACCGUGGCAUGUGCUACACCACCAAGGGACAUUAGGCCACCCUUACACCAAAUGUUCUGGACUGACAUUCUGCUGUUUGGCCACAAGAUGCC